AUGGACGCCUACUGCAGGGAGAUACACAAGCUCGAGUUCCACUUCUACGUCCUUGAAUUCCACCACAUUCUCCAGGACUACAACAUGGCAGCUGAUGUACUCUCCAAGCUGGGUUCCAAGCGGGCCCUCGUCCUGGCCGGAGUCUUCGUACAGGCUCUCAACUAUCCCACAGUCAAGAUUGAAGAGGAGUCUCCAACAAAGCCUGACCUAGCGCUAGCCCUAGGCCAGGAAGUACUCGUCACCGAUCCAGACUGGCGAGCUCCGAUCCUUGAUUUCACCAUCAACAACAAGUCCUAUCCUAAUGACAAGGAGCAUGAGCUACUCACCCGACGAGUCGCAAACUAUGUCGUCAUCGAAACUGAGUUGUUCAGGCACUCGGCCUCUUCAGAAACCCUUUCCAAGUGCAUCUCUCAUCAAGAUGGAGUCCGACUCCUCAGUGAGAUCCACUCGGGAAUCUGCGGAAACCACACAGGAGCAUCAACCCUGGUUGACAAAGCUUUCAGAUCAGGCUUCUAUGGGCCGACGGCCCUGGCCGACGCCCAGGGACUCGACUCGGUGGGACUGCUCAAGGCGGCACAAAGCAGCUUCACCCAUAUAUUUGUCGCCAUCGACAAGUUCACAAAGUGGAUCGAGGUUAAGCCGGUCACAACUACAUCGGCGGCCAAGGCAGCCGAGUUCAUCGAAGAAAUCACACACAGGUUCGGGGUGCCUAACUGGAUCAUCACCGACUUGGGCUCCUUCUUUACCGGAUCCAAGUUCUAG